UGUUUCUCGGGAUGCCGCUCGCAUCUUCCGGCAGCACCGGAGUCCAAUGGACUCUUUUCCGGUUGGGGCAACAAAAUGACUGGCUUCAGUGAAAAGCCGAUUCUGAUCGAUGGUCGCGGUCAUCUACUUGGUCGCUUGGCCGCGAUUAUUGCCAAAACUAUUUUGCAAGGAAACAGAGUUAUUGUUGUACGAUGUGAACAAUUGAAUAUUUCUGGAAAUUUUUUUAGAAAUAAGCUGAAGUUUAUGUCUUUCCUUCGUAAGAGAUGUAAUGUUAAUCCUGCUCGUGGUCCUUUCCAUUUUCGUGCACCAAGCAAGAUUCUUUGGAAAACAGUUCGAGGAAUGAUUCCGCACAAGACACAAAGGGGCAAGGAUGCUCUUAGAAGACUAAAAACAUACGAAGGUUGCCCUCCACCAUAUGACAGGAGAAAACGUGUUGUUGUACCUGGUGCAAUGAGAGUUAUGUGCCUGAAACCAGGCAGAAAGUACUGUCAUGUUGGACGUCUGUCACAUGAAGUGGGAUGGAAGUACAAAGCAGUUGUUCGUACUCUUGAGAAUAAGAGAAGAGUUAAGUCUAUUAUGGAAGUGAAAAAGAGGGACAAACUUAAGAAACUUACUAAACAAGCAGGUGAAGCAGUUGCAAAACAAACAGCACCGUACACGCGAAUUAUUAACAGCUUUGGAUAUAAUUAAGUUCUUGUUAUAAGGAUAAUAAAAAGCCUUAUUAACAUUA